AUGGCCUUCCAACUAAAAGUGGCACUCCUAGUCGCAGCCUGUUUGGCUUUUGCUUAUUCCCGAUCUGUUUCAAAGAUCGUCGGAGGAGAAGAGGCUGAAAGGCACGAAUUCCCCUACCAAAUCUCGUUACAAUGGAACUUCAACGAUAGCACAAAGGCACCAAUGCACUUUUGUGGAGGAUCGUUGCUGAACGAGAAUUUCGUCCUGACUGCUGCCCACUGUCGCACUUCGUAUUCGGAUAACGGAUUCAUCGAAGUGGUUGCCGCUGAACAUGACGUUUCCGUUGCUGAAGGGUCCGAACAACGUCGCCUGGUGAAGUUGUUUACCAUCCACGAACAGUAUGGUGGAGGAGUUGGUCCAAAUGAUAUUGCAGUUAUUCGCGUAGACAAACCAUUUGAGCUGAACGAUAAAGUGAAAACCGUACAACUUCCGAAACAGUUGGAACAGUUUGAAGGUGAUGUUAUGCUCAGUGGAUGGGGAUCCAUGUCGACAACUCCCGUCCCAGACUAUCCUGAUAAACUACGAAAAGCUGUCCUUCCCCUGGUAGACUAUGACACCUGUCGUAUGCAUUGGGAAUACGACAGCGCGCUAGAAAGCAGCAACGUCUGCGCUGGCCCUUCGGAUGGUUCUAAGAGUGCUUGCUCUGCUGAUUCCGGUGGUCCGUUGGUCAAACAGUUGGGCGAACACCAAGUGGUUCAAGUCGGUGUCGUCUCAUGGGGUGCCGUUCCCUGUGGAACUCCACGCAAACCAACUGUGUUUGCCGGCGUUUCAUCUUACGUCGAUUGGAUCAACGAGAAGCUGCUUCAGUGAAGUCACAAUACAUUGCAACGGAAAAAAUCGAAAUGAGAAUUAAGUACUGAAUAAAUAAAAUUUGUGUUGAGUUGGAA